GGCACAAAUCCCCUUCUGGACACAGCCUCAUCAGCGCCUUGCAGGGUGCUCCACAACAGCCCAGGGACGUCUGGCUAGGAAUUGUAGGCUCAUCAACCUACCAAGUAAGCAAACAACAACAACAAAAGAGGUUACUAAUGGAUGAGUCAUGCAUGAUUUAGUACCAGCACUGGAAGGCGAAUUCCCAAAAUCGGAAAUUCUCACGAACUUCUUUACUAAGGGAAGCCUUGACAAUCUAAAGGACCCCUGUGCUUCUCCCUCCCGCACUCACUAACCAAAGCUUUGAAGAUUUACACGGAAAGCUGAGCCACCUACAAAAGAAUGUUUAUUUCGAAGAAGAAACAUUAAAAAGUGAUGUGGCACGGCAUUCCUCGGCAGGGCUGAGGGGUUUUCCUCUCUCGCCUGGCGCCGCGCGGAAAAAAACCGAGGGAAAAGCGUCCUGAGGGAAUGGCCGGCGACCCGCGGACGGACAGACGGACACAGCACACCAGAGCUGGCACAGGAGCCACCCGGGGCCGCCCCGGCAGGAGGGUGCCCGCUGUGGGGCCGAGUCCACAGGCAGGGAUUGAAGGGAGCAGCACCCGGCCCGGCUGGAAGGCGAACAGCGGCAACGCAGCGCCGUCCGCCCCCUUCCCCUGGCUCCUCCAAUAACACAAACACCUUUCCUGAGAUAUGAGAAAUGAGUGUUGGACGCAGAAGAUUAAAGCUGCUGGGAAUUCUGAUGAUGGUAAACAUUUUUAUUUAUGUGAUUGUGGAAGUCUCGAAGAGCGGCAGCCAAGACAAGAAUGCAAAAGGCCGUGUUGUUAUACCACGUAGCAAAUUCUGGAGGAAAUACACUCCUCACAAAGCUUAUUGGAACAAACAGCAACAGAAGCUUGAGCUGCUGUACAACCCUAUUCUGUCCUUGCUUUCCAAUAUGACUGUGGAAGAGAACUUAGUUUCUAACCUGAGUGCUCUCAGUUCCUGUGACCCUGACCCCUUGGUGCACUCAGAGGUUAGUGACUUCGCAAACUUGCCAGACAGAUUCAAAGACUUCCUUCUCUAUUUGAGGUGUAGAAAUUACUCAUUGAUAAUGGAUCAGCCAAAUAAGUGUGAACAGAAACCUUUCCUGCUGCUGGCUAUUAAGUCACUUAUACCCCAUUUUGAUAGAAGACAAGCAAUUAGGGAAUCCUGGGGCAAGGAAAUAAAAUCAGGGGAUGUGAUAGUCAGAAGGGUCUUCUUACUUGGGCAGACCCCACCAGAGGAUAAUUUUCCUGACCUUUCACACAUGAUUAAAUUUGAGAGUGACACCCACCAAGACAUUCUCCUCUGGAACUACAGAGACACUUUCUUCAAUCUGACUCUGAAAGAGGUGCUGUUUCUGAAGUGGGUCAGCAGCAGCUGCGCAAACGCCCAGUUUAUUUUUAAGGGUGAUGAUGAUGUUUUUGUGAAUACCAAUCAGAUCCUGGAUUACUUGAAGAGUUUAUCAAAGGAAAAAGCCAAAGACUUAUUUAUAGGUGAUGUGAUCAAAGAUGCUGGACCUCACAGAGAGAAAAAAUUGAAGUACUACAUCCCAGAAAGUGUUUAUGAAGGUUCGUAUCCCCCGUACGCAGGAGGCGGCGGGUUCCUGUACUCUGGUGAUCUGGCACUAAGACUGAAUAAUGCAUCUGACCAGGUACUCCUCUACCCUAUUGAUGAUGUUUAUACUGGAAUGUGCCUUCAGAAGCUUGGGCUUGCUCCAGAAAAACACAAAGGCUUCAAAACAUUUGAUAUCGAAGAGAAAUACAGAAAUAACAUCUGUUCCUACACAAACUUAAUGUUAGUGCAUAGUAGAAAACCUCAAGAAAUGAUUAGGAUUUGGACACGCUUGCAAGAUCCACACUUAAAUUGUUAAAGUAAUGUGCAUAAGUGUCUUAAGUCCAAAAACCUUUGCAAGUUUGAAUCACUGAAGCUCUGUUUAAUAGUUGAAUUUUUGCUGUAAACUUUUUCCUGUACUUCUGAAAAUGAGAGUAAUACUAAAAUUUGAAGGGGUGGCUUGAAGACUUGGUCCUGACUUUUCCACUGUCCUGGUGGUCAUUAUGUUUCAAUAUUGGUCUUAAUUUUAAAAAAGACUUUGAGGCUAUAACUAGCUGUCAGUGACUGAUUAGCUGUACUGGAAACAGGGAUUGCCUAUCACAAUGCAUCUUUCAUCAAUUGUGGUGGUGGAAGAUCAUUUUCCCUUUAGUAAUGUUUGUGUCUAGAAACCACUGUAAAUUGAAAAUACACAAUUUGGGGGAAUGUAUUACUUUUAGGUAUGAUACACUUAAAAGACUUUGAAUUUUGAUUUUUUUUUUUUUUUUAAUUAUUAUAUUUUAAAUUUAGGAUUUUCAGUUGUUUUGCACCCUGGAACGGUGUAUUUUUCCUUUACUUACGAUCCAUUGUGCAAAGUGUACCUGUGUCUGAAGGAUUUACCCUUUUAUUAGAUGAAGCUUUUUUUUGUUUUGUUUGGUUUGUUUGGUUUGGUUUGGUUUUUUUUUUUUUUUUUGGUGUUUUGUUUUUUUUUUUGUUUGUUUGUUUUGUUUUUAAAUGAAAAAGGAUAAUUCUGCUUGAAAUGCCCCCUGAGAGCUCAAUGUGUAAGGAAAAAGGUGAGGUUUUUUUGGGGCUGGGUAGACAGCCCCUGCCUCAAGCUUACAUACUGAAGCUGACUUCUGCUCCCGUUACUUGUGUGGAAAGCCACUCUGGUCCAUCCUUGCUUUCUAUUCAGGCACUAAAUGUGAUCAGGUAGUUUGAUUUGAUGGAAAUGACUGAAAUUGCACAUUGCUUCUUGAGAGCGUGGUUUGGGUCUCCUGUAAAGCGGUGGCGAAUCCGGAAUUGUGCAGAUCCAGAGUUUCGAAUUCCCAACCAAACUUUGAAGUUUGCAUGAAGCCUCAUGUAGAGUUACAUGUGUCCUUGAAACUCAGAUCUUCUCUAUUUCCACAUCUUGCUUAUAAGAAUUACUCUAAAUAGUGGUCGCUUUCUUUGUAUAUGUAGAAGUGCCUGUCUAUUUAUUGUUCAGAUUGAAGACCAAAACAUUUUCUUAAAUAUAUUUUGUGUAACAUUUUAUUUGUAUAGUGUCGUCACUCGGAUAUUUAAAUAGAGCAUGAUAUUUUAAAUCUGAGAUGUGUAACGUGGUAAAUAAAGCUAAAUGUUAUUUUUGAAUUUGAAAAAUAAAAUGUGAUUUAAAUAUU